AUGACAUUUACAAAUGAAUUAGUCAAUAAAAAAUAUAAUCUUAUUACACGUGGACUUCAAGAAGUCCUUGGUGCUGAAAGACUUAAAAAGAUUUUAGAAGAACGAGAUUUAAAACUUUAUUGGGGGACUUCUCCUACAGGAAAACCUCAUUGUGGAUACUUUGUUCCUAUGAUCAAAAUUGCAGACUUUUUAAAAGCCGAUGUAGAAGUUACUAUUCUUUUUGCGGAUAUUCAUGCUUUUUUAGAUAAUCUUAAAGCUCCUAUUGAUAUUGUAAAAUAUAGGGCCAAAUAUUAUGAAUAUAUUAUUAAAGCUAUUCUUAAAUCAAUCGGUGUCUCAACUGAAAAGCUCCGGUUUGUUCUUGGGUCAUCCUAUCAACUAACUUCUAAGUAUUCUAUGGACAAUUUUCGUCUUUGUACUAUUGUUACAGAACAUGAUGCAAAAAAAGCAGGAGCAGAAGUUGUAAAACAAGUAGAAAAUAGUUUACUUUCAGGACUUCUAUAUCCGGUAAUGCAAGCUUUAGAUGAAGAACAUUUAGACAGUGAUGCCCAAUUUGGAGGAGUUGACCAAAGAAAGAUUUUUACAUUUGCUGAAAAAUAUCUUCCAAUGCUUGGAUAUAAAAAAAGAAUACAUCUUAUGAGUCCGAUGAUACCUGGUCUUUCAGGAGGAAAAAUGUCUGCUUCAGGAAACGAGAAUAACAAAAUUGACAUUUUGGAUGAUGCAGAAACUGUCAAAAAAAAAAUAAAUAAAGCAUUAUGCGUAGAAGCAACUGUAGAAAACAACAGUCUUUUAGAAUUUGCAAAACAUGUAAUUUUUCCUGUUCUUGCACUUAAAGGAAUUCCAACACUAAUGAUCAACCGAGAAGAAAAAUGGGGAGGCCAAGUUUUAUAUAAUUCCUAUGAACUUUUAGAAUUGGAUUAUGUAAACAGAAGGUUAUCUCCUCAAGAUCUCAAAAUUGGAAUUAGCGAUUCACUUAAUUUUAUUUUAGAGUCUAUUCGAUUAGAGUUUAUGGAAAAUGAAGAAUUUCAACAAAUACUUCAUUUUGCUUACCCAGAUCAAGAAAAACAAAAAUCCAAAAAAAGGAUCUAA